AUGGGUGGCCAACUCUCCAAGGUUAUGGGCAGGCUCUUCGGAUCCAAGGAAAUGCGCCUCCUCAUGCUCGGUCUCGACGCCGCUGGCAAGACCACUAUUCUCUACAAGCUCAAGCUCGGACAAGAUGUCACGACCAUUCCUACUGUCGGCUUCAACGUCGAGACUGUCACCUACAAGAAUGUCAAGUUCAACGUCUGGGACGUUGGUGGCCAGGACAAGAUUCGUCCCCUCUGGCGACAUUACUUCAGCGGCACCCAAGGUCUCAUUUUCGUUAUUGACUCGUCCGAUCGCGGCCGUAUAAUGGAAGCUCACCAGGAGCUUCACCGUAUUAUCAAUGAUCGUGAGAUGAAGGACAGCCUGCUCCUCGUCUUUGCCAACAAACAGGAUAUUAAAGGAGCCAUGUCGCCCCAGGAAGUCACAGAGAAGCUUCAACUCUCGAAACUCAAGGACAAGAUCUGGUACGUUAUCCCUAGCUGUGCCACUACUGGCGAGGGUCUCGCCGAAGGUCUUACUUGGCUCUCCAACAAUAUCAAAACGCCUGCCGCUCCCGUCAAGAAAUAA